CACAAUCUCACUUAAGUGAGUUGAUUGGCUGACUGACUGGCCAUUGGCCGCCCAACAGCGGCACGGAUCCAAACGCUCUUUCUGUACACUCAGGUCCAUCCAUCCGUCUAUCCAUCUGGCACCGAGACACCAUCCACACGUGGUCAGUCAGUCAUUAUGGCACAGAACACACAGUGUCGACACAACAAAACCCAUACAUACUAACUAUCCUCUGACUGACUGGCAUGCUACCGUUAGUACAAGUAUGCCGCCCUCGUCUUGUCUCAUCUCAUGUCGGACACGGCUCGAGUGCACCCAAGCAGCAAGCCACAGAUACAUAUCAAAAUCCAGAUCUGCCAGGCACAACCUCAUAACCAUACCCGUAGCCACUGUCCACUGCCGGGGGCGGUGGCGGUAGCGGCUGCGGCCGCGCGCGGCCUCUCCGCUGUGGUGGCGGUUGCUGCUGCUGGAACACCUGGUCCUCCUCAAUGCCCUCCCGCGCCUCAGCCACGAGCGCAUCAUCGAUCCACGUGCCUCCUGGUGGUGGUGCCUCCUCCUCGAAUGCGUCCUCUCCCUCUCCGCCUUCUUCGUCUUCGCUUUCAUCGGGUAUCUCCCCCCCGGUGCCCGUUGCCUCCUCAUACAGCACCUCCUCCAGCAACACACGGUCCCUCGACGAGCUGUCCAGCGGCUGCUCCUCCCGCACCUACAUCGAUAAAGACACACAAUAUGUAUGGCACACAACGCCAUUGUGGAUGGAUGGAUGGAUGGACGGACGGAUGCGUCUCUCUCGCGCUCUCUCUCUCUCUCUCUGUGUGUGUGUGUGUGUGUGUGUGUCUCACAGGGUAUCGGUCGAUGCGCCUGACGGCGGCAGCAGCGAGUUCGGGCACCUGGGCGCUGACGACGCGGUCCCGGAUGUACCCAUGGGGCAGAGACGACAGCUGGCGGAGCACCUCGGCUGUACGCCUGAAUGCAGUCAAUGCAAUGCAGCCACACAUCAAUUCAAUGGUGAAUGAGUGAGUGAGUGAGUGAGUGAGGCAGGCGCGAGGGAUGGCGGGUCGGGUGUCUGUGGUGGCUUGGCUGACCGUAUGAGGCUGCAGAGGUCUCCCUGCUCGAGGUUGGUUCGUGCGGUGAGCUCCUCCCAGCUCAUGCCGUCUGCCCACGCCUCCACCAGACUGGCCGUGUUGAUGUCCACAGGGAUGCUGAGGUCAAUCAACUCACUGAACCACACACACACACACACACACACACAUGGGUGGUGGUGACGUGUGUGUAUGUGUGUGGUGUUUCACGAGCGCACUUUUCCUGGUCUUCCCUGAGCCUCUCGGCGUGGUCUUCCAGUUCGGACACAGCGUCCAUCAGCGCAGACGACGGACGCACCCUGACACACACCGCGCCGCACCCAAGGCGACACACACAUACUCCCCUCCUCGCUGCCCUCCUCUUUGAUUGUUUGAUCUCACUGACUGACUGACUGACUGACUUGAUGUCCGAAGCCUUGCGCGAGAAGUCCUUGGUGACGGCGUGUAUGAGGCCCGCAAACUGUGACGGGUUGAGGCGGUCGAUGACAGGCUCCCAACACACCACAUGGCCCAGCCACAGCUCAUUGGCGGCGUUGAGGUAGCCCACCAGUGAGCCGAAUGAGGUCGGCACGAACUCGUCGGUGAGUGCGCCCCACUUGGCGAGGACUCUGCCGACGGCGAGGAACUCCUGCCAUGGCGGCCGCGUGAGGCUGCCGUAGGCCUCCUUGAGCUCGUUGAGCUGGGCCGUACGGGCGGACCUGUUGCCGCGCUUCAACUGCUUCUCCAACGCUAGCAGAUCCAAACCCAUCCUCAAGACCUGCAGGGACACACAGACGUGGGUGUAGUGUGGUGUGGUGUAUCUGCAUUCUCUUUCACUUCACUCAGGCACCUCACCUGCUGCCUGUCUGUGCGCGUGUGAAUGGCCGCCUCUUCCAGGUUCCUCUGCGCCCGCUCCACCACCUUGGUCUGCCGCGCCACGGCGGGCGGCUGCACGGCUGCUGCGGGCGGCACCACCUCGCUCCCCACCUCCUCACACAGAUCAUACAGGAUCGCCCCCUGACGGUCCGUCGGCUCGUCAGGCAUCUCCAGCCAAUACAGACCCGGCAGCACCUCGCCCCACACAGGGCCAUCGCCCUCUCCCUGCCGCUGCUGUUGGUUGAGCCACACGGCCAUGGUGUCCACGACGGUUCGUGCGUCGGGGUAUGGCAGCCCCACUUGGCUGCGGGGGUCCAGGUUGACGAUGGCGUUGGGGCAUGCGACCACCAGCUGGCCGGUGGUGGUCAGCACUAUUGCCAGGGGGGCCCGGGCAAGGGCACCCGUUGAGAGCUGGGGGGGUCUGAAUUGCUGGUCGAGCAGGCCGACGAAUGCCCCCACCUCGCCGUUGAUGAGCUCGACGGCCCCGCCCUUGCGGAAGGUGGGCAGCAUCUUGCUCACGGCCGCCGCACGGUCUGCCUCUGCGCUGGUGCGGACCGUUGACAGCCUGCAUCACAUCACACGCGAUGCAGCCACAGACCACGUGUGUCGAAAGGGGGGUGAUGUGUGUGUCUGUGUCUGUGCGUGUGUGUGUGUGUGUGUGUGUGGACUGACUGACUCACUGACCAGUCCUUCUCUGCCUGCAGCCGCUGGAAUGCCCUGCGAUAGAUGUCGAGCUCGUUCAUGUCCACGCCCAUCUGCAGGCAGCCAGGAGGCUACACACAUUCCUUCCGCCCACCCACACCACACCGCCCAUAGGCACGCACCUCUCGCAAUCUCUGUCUGGUGUCGUUGAUCCUCUCCUUGGCCACUGCAGGGUCGAGUAUUUCCAUCCUGCCCUCGGCCUCCCGCCGUCGGGCCUGCAGGAAUACCCCGAAGCUCUUCUCUAUCAGCUCGCGGCUCUUGCUCAGGUCCCGCACCCGCAGCACGUUGGUGGCCAGGCCGUACGUGAUGCGGAACUGGCUCUUGAUCGAGUCCAAAGGGGCCAGCAGCGUCAUCGCCGCCUCACGAGCGUCAGUCCUGCCGUAUAUAUGCCAGCCACACACACACACAAACGUACACCUAUGCGAUGCGACAAGGAAGGGACGGAGGCACAUCCACCCAGCCACCCACCCCACCUGUCGCUGCGAAUGAGUACGACGGAUCCCUCGUGGUCUUUGCCUCUCCUGCCGGCCCUGCCGGCCAUCUGCAGCAGCUGCGAGGUGGACAGCCGCGUGAGGCCCUCGCUGCCGUACUUGCGCAGCACCGUGAUGGCCGUCGUGCGGGCUGGCAUGUUGACGCCGGCAGCUAGGGUCUCAGUCGCGAACAGCACUUUGAUCAGAUUGGCGUUGAAAAGCUCCUCCAACAAGAUCUGACAGACAGACAGACAGACAGACGGUGAGAGACAGAGAGUGGUGCAUCCAUGUAUGCCAUCGGCUGGCUGGCUGAGCCACCUGCCUACCUACCUUGUAUAGUGGCAGCAGGCCCGCGUGGUGGCUGCCAAUGCCCUACACCACACGCAUCACAUCACAUCACACACAGAACCGACCAUCAUGGGUACGCAGGCAUGAAGCACCCAGCCCAUCCCCCCUUCCCCCUCCCCCCUCCCACCUUUCUGAGUAGACCAAUCCUCCAUGGCUCAAUGAGCAGCUCCGGGUUUUCCUGCGCAAACUCCCGCAGCUUGGCCUGCACGGCCUGCUUCUCGGCCUCGCUCAGCAGCUCCAUGCUGUCGGCCGCCAGCCGACGGGCACUGCUGUCGCAGCCAGACCUGCAUGCCAUGAAGAAGACACACGAAUGACAUGUGUGUGUCGUGGGUGUGCGUGUGUGGGUGGGGGGGGUGUCCCCCGCAGGGAAUCAAGGUAGCCAACGUACCUGGAGAACAUGAAAAUGAUUGCCGGCAGCAGCUGCUUCUUGCGCAUCUGCGACACGAGCUUCGACAGAGUGGGCGUCUCUGCGUCAGCUAUCUGAUCCACACAAUAAAUAUUCAACAAACGGCACCCUGUUAUGUGUCGCCCGAAUGCUUCCCCUCCCCUCCCCUCUCUGUCUGUCGCUGUUUGCUUGCCUGUUUGGCGCUGACGAGGGACUGCAGGGAUCGCUCCUUGCGGCCCUCGAACUGGUCGACGUCGUCAUCGUCAUAGCUCAUGAGCUUCUUGAGUUGCCGCGCCCGCCGCCCACCGCGGCCUCCGUUGUUGGACUGCCGCCUCAGCCUCGCCUCGAUCCCGGGACGGUGACGCUUCACCAACGAACGAAUCGUAUCCCUGACACACACACACACAUACACAGCGCAGGAGGCCACAAGCGAGAAGGGAGAAUGGCACGAAUGCAUCCUUCCUUGUCGGUGCGGCUGAGGGUGAUUGCAUACUCACUUGCGAAGGUCUUCAAAGACGGGGUUGAGGGGUAUAAGCGGCGCUCGAGGCUUCUUGGGUGUGAUGAUCUUGCCCUCGCUGGCCCGCAGCCCCCCCGCCAGCUCCAGGAUGUCCUCCUCGGCGGCCAUGUCCUCCUCCUCCCCCUCAAGCAACGGCACGCCGUUGCGCGCGCCGGGGCCCGCUUCCGCAUCUCUGAAGAGGGGGUAGAGGCCCUUGUUGGUGGCGAACAUGUAUCGGAGUGGGACAGGGCGGUGCUCAGACACGACCAGGUCAGUAGGGCCGUGGACGCCGGCGAGCCAGUCUUUAAGGUCCAUUGGGUUGGCCAUGGUGGCGCUGAGGCCGACGAUGUUGAUGUGUUUGGGGCAGUUGAUGACGCACUCCUCCCACACGGUGCCCCGGCUGGGAUCGUUGAUGUAGUGGAAUUCGUCGAAUAUCACCGACACCGUCUCGCCAGUCAGCUUGGACGGCACGUAGCUGUACUCGUCCUCGCGGAUCGCCUCACCGUACAAAAUGUUCCGGAACACCUCUGUCGUCAUCACCAGCACAGGCGCCUCACGAUUGCGCACCACGUCGCCCGUCAGGAGGCCGACGGUCUCCUCGCCGUAGAUCUGCUGGAAGUCCGAGAACUUUUGGUUGCUGAGAGCCUUGAGGGGCGACGUGUAGAAGACCUUGCGGCCGCGGGCAAGGGCGAACCAGAUCGCCAUCUCGGAUAUCACCGUCUUGCCGCUCCCUGAUUAACGCCCAGACACACACACACACAUUCACAUACACCCACGAUGACAAGCCUCCUUGCUUUCUCUUCUGAGGGCAGACAGACAGCUGGGCUGGCUGACCUGUUGGUGCCGAGACGAUGACGUUCCUGCUCUUGAGUAUGCUCCGGAGCGCCUCCACUUGGAAGGCAUCCAGGGUGAAAGGAAACAGCGCCUUCAUCAGUUCCUCCAUCUCGCCGUUAGUCAGAUAAUCGCUGCCCGCCCGGGACGUUAUCACCGCCUCCAGCAGAUUGAUGGCCGCCGGCGACCCCGCCACACGCCGAAUGUCUUCAACACUCACAGGCAAGGACAUGCCGUCAUGCAUAGCACCAACAGGCGCAGCAUCGUCCGUUCGUGUCGGGGUGCGGCGGGCGUGCAGAUGCGUUGAUGCGCGUCGG